AUGGUCGACUCAGACUCCUCACUAUCGUCGCCGCCAUCGACUGACGACGAAAUGCCUGUUGAAGCGUCAAAAAAUGGCACCAAGGCAACACCUCAGAAGAAGAAGCAGGGUAAUAUCUUGACAUUCUUCAAACAAAAGGACCGCUCGCCAUCUCCACCGCGCAAGAAGCGCGAACCCUCGCCCGAGCAUGUAUAUGUUCCAGAAGACAAUCCCGACAUUGCUUUCAUUGUAAUGUUCCGAUCACGAUUCAACGAAGCCUUUCCCCGUGGUGCGCCGCACCUGGGACCCCAGGACAUCGAGCUGGGCGUUGCAGAGGGCCCGCCGUCAGCAGAUGUUGAGGGUCUGCUCUGUGCCCUGCUCGGUCUCGUCCUCAAUCGCAAGAAGCCUGUAGAGAAGGGUCACUAUGGCCGCGCUCUCGAGGAAAGCAUCCAAACGCAGAAGUCACAGUGGCCACGAGCAUGGAACGGCGCCAACCCCAUCAGUGGUGGUCGCAACUUUCUGGGCAUGACGGCGCUGGAGCGCAUCACGCUCCUCCACACCCUCUCGCUAUGGAGUCUCAACCAAAACGAACAGGUCAAGACCAUGAUCGCCAAUGCCUACAAGUCCCGGACGACCAAGGAUAGGUUAGACACAAACAUUCCUCUAUCAGUGCAGCCGUGGGGUCUCGAUGGUGACAAGCGACGGUACUGGCUGGUCGAAGGACAAAAUGACACACACUUCCGGGUGUAUCGCGAGACGGACCCUCACAAGACAAAGAAGGUCAAGUGGUUCAGUGUUGCCGGUGACAUUGAUGAGCUGCGCGUUGUCGCUACCAAGCUGGAGGAGGAGGAUGGUCGCAAGGAGGCCAAGGCCCUCAGCGAGCGGAUGAUCAACGCCAUUCCUCGCUUCGAGGCUUCCGAAGUGAAGCGCAAGCGUCGCGAGUACCGCCUCAACCGCAAUGCUACCUUCACCCGUCCCGACCCUGGCUUCUCGCUCUACGAAGGGCGUACUCGCGGCAAACGCCUCCGAUACACAUUCUCUGACGAGGAAGACUUCGACUCGGAUAAUCUUGGUGCACGACGCUCUACACGCACGUCAGGACGGGAAACACCUGCUGUUCCAUCUGGUCCCACCGUCACCGCAAGUGGUCGCCAGGUGCGGUCUCGCGCCACCGGUCUUUAUGGUGAGACGCUGCUCAGCGGCCAAGUCUCAGACCGCGCAUCGCCGGCCACAGGAGACUAUGUACGAUCAGAUGCGUCCGAAGAACCACAUCAACCUCACGCACAUGGCCGAGCUACGCGAAAUGCCCCGCGCGGCACCACGAAUGGACGACCUCUCAAGCACACGCUCGAGUCGGAUGACGAAGAAGACGCUACGUCCUGGGACGGUGGAGAUGAGGACGAAGAUGAGCCUGAGCAGAUGGAGCUUGACGACGACGAGGAUGAUCAGGCUGAUGACUCUUCCGACGAUGAGGAAGAACCUCAGUCACUCGUCGUCACUCUGCGCUAUGGCAAGGGCUCUUCCAUCCCCUCAAACGGCACCACGACAUCCAAGGAGGUCGCACCAGAUGCAGAACGAACGAACGGAAUUAUCUCGAACGGAUCACAUCCUGACGGUACUGCAAUCACAGAUCCUGUAGCACCUCAGCAGCCAGAGCAACAGCCACCCGCUCCAAUGGAACCAUCCAUUCAACCCGCACCGCCACCGCCACCCGUCGCCGCGGAUGGUCUCGAGCAGCCCGUUGCUGCUACUCAUGUCCCCAACGACACCCCGGCCUUACCACCCCAGCCUCCGACCGCACCCGUUCCCCAGGCCGCUGUGCUUCCCAAGCUCGAGGGCAUGUUUCCCGCACCGCAACAGCAGCAGCCAGUUCAAUAUCCCACUGGCCAGCCUGCACCCUUCGUAGAGAAACCACAACAGCAGCCGACGCUACCUUCCCCCACGCCUGCGGCGAACUGGCAGUAG